AUGGCCGCACUCGAUAAAUCAGAAAUCCCUCCUCCUCCUCCUCUUGAUGCUUUCUCAAAUAUUGAACUCCAUGAUUCUUUAAUGUCUGAUUUUGACUUCCUAAAUUGGUCUACACAACAUGUUUCUGAUUCGUCAUCCUCAUGGAGUUCAUCAUCCUCUGCUUCGCCUGAUUAUCUGCACUCCAAUCAACUCAAUAACACCUGCCAUCUUAGGGCUUUCGAUGAUUCUAUUAAUUUCUCCGAGUUCGAGUUCAAACCUGCUGAAGCAAUCGAUUUAACUGUACUGGUUGAAUCCAACACUCCAAAGCGGUCGAGGAAGAUGAAUGAUGAUCAAGGACGCUACAGAGGUGUUCGAAGAAGGCCUUGGGGAAAGUAUUCGGCGGAGAUCCGAGAUCCAAAGCGCCGUGGAUAUAGGCUGUGGUUAGGUACGUUUGAUUCCGCCAUUGAAGCUGCAAAAGCUUACGAUAGAGCUGCCUUUAACAUACGUGGUAGGAAAGCCAUUCUGAACUUCCCUCUGGAGAUUGAGAAGAACUUGACGGAAAAUGCAGGUGUCGUCAAAGGCCGCCGGAAAAGAUCCAGAGAGACGGUGGAGGUGGAACGGUUGGAGAAUCUGGUGGUUAAGAGGGAGAGGACGGUGUCGGUUUCUCCGUCCCCAUAA